GGGCGUGUAAUCCUACCGCGAGUCUUCAAGUUGCCAAAGAGAAACGUGAACCCGAAGCCAUCCUCAUCGCUCUAAUCUUGACGCCGUACAUAUUACAGUACAAUCCAAGUUGCAAAGUACUUAUGGGCUCCCCGGGCCAAGAAACCCUGCCUCCGGAAUUGCUCACUAUGGUGCUCAGUCAGACACAUCCGCGAGAUAUCAUUGCUUUCCAACUCGUUUUUCGAUUCUGGUUUGAAGUCGUUAGACACUCUGCAGAGCUGCAAUGCGCGAUUGAACUCUGGCGCGACGGACUCCUUCGCGGCUAUAAUGGACUGCUCUCCUCCACGGAAUGUUUGUCUCGAGCUUUCGCACGUCGCAACGCUUGGCGAAACCUCAAAUGGAGGUCCCAAACACCGGUCGAAAUUCAAUCCGAGUCGCUCUAUGGCUGUGGGGGCUAUGUGCUUGUCGAUGGCCUACUCUCUGUCCGGGACCCUCACGACCACAGAUUCUACAUGCUUCCAUUGGGCCCGACUACCGAUGAACAGUACACAAAAGAAACAAUGACCAUUGAGAUUCCAAUUUCCUCCGGCCAACCUCACUCGUCAGACAGAGAUCAAUUUACACAUUCUCUGUGGCGUCGUUACCGUAUACUAUCUUGUUAUGGUAUGGACCGCUGGUGA